UUGUUAUAUUUUACCAAAUCCCCAACCAAAACUAGAAGUGAGAGGGUGCAAGAUAUUAGGUUUGUGAAAAAUGGGGAGAAAGAGCGAAGUGGUGUUCGAUGAACAACCGCCGGAUUUCGAUCCGGCCAAUCCAUACAAGGAUCCGGUGGCGAUGCUCGAGAUGCGUGAGCACAUCGUGCGGGAGAAAUGGAUCGACAUCGAGACAUCUAAGAUAAUCCGCGACAAGCUCCGGUGGUGCUACCGCAUCGAAGGCGUCAAUCACCUGCAGAAGUGCCGUCAUCUGGUCCAGCAGUACAUGGACUCAACUCGUGGUAUCGGCUGGGGUAAAGACGGCCGCCAUCCUGAUCAACACGGUCCAAAGGUUCAGAGCUUGGACUGAUAACGGUAAUGCAUUGGGGAGAGGCUGGAGCUCUUCCUAUACCAGUUUGUUUGGCAGUUUAAUUGGACACCAAUCAUGUAUUUUGAUGUGUUAUCUCAUAAUAAAAACUAAACUUUACUCUCUUUGAUUGAUAUUUGAUGCAAUUCUCAUUAUGAAAUGUCAUUCUUAUCAAGAACCAAAUGAUUUUAUUGAAAACGAACUUUUAAACUCA